AUGGAUCCGGAAGUUCAGGAAGCUCUGCUGAAUCUGAAAGCUGACCGUUGUGAUGUGGAGGAAUUGUUUGAAUUUAUUCGAACACUUGUUAUCGUAAAGGACAAAAAUCCAACUCGUGGGGCUAAGCGCGCAAUUCAAGGACCACAAAAGAUCACAAAUCACUUGGAUCAUAUCAUCGAAUGGAUCAAUCCCGAAGACGACGUCGAGCAAUUCGCUUCUGGCUAUACUAAGACCAAGCUACCGAUAUUAAUCGUCAAGGCACCACAGUAUGAGGAAGGAGCAACAUACAUUCGUUUGAACAAACGUGUGUUUUCGGCAGGUUGUGAUAUUCGCCGAGCAUUUUUGCUUUUGGUUCAAACAUACUUCAUUUUCAAAUUCAAGUUUGAACCGUCUCUUGCAAAUUUUUACAAUUUUUUCGUUGGAGCCGUUUUGACCGUGGAUAAUAUGACGACAACUGUUAACAACUUUAUCUUUCAGCUCAACUAA